AUGGCCUCCAACGGUAACUUCACCCUCCAGGAUCAGUACAAGGACACCCCCGACCAACCACAAACAGUUACUAUCGCCGCUGCCUCCGACUCCUCCGUCACGACCGCUGGUAACAACAACCCGUCCAAGGAUGAAGUUGGCUGGUACUUCGUCGAGCAAUACUACACUACCCUGAGCAAGUCACCCGAGAAGCUUCACCUUUUCUACAGCAAGCGUUCGCAAUUCGUCUACGGUCUCGAGGCUCAGGUUGCCAACGUCUCAGUUGGCCGACAGGCUAUCCAAGAGCGAAUCAAGGCUCUCGACUUCCAAGACUGCAAGGUCCGCGUAUCCAACGUCGAUUCCCAGGCAUCCUUUGACAACAUCGUCAUCCAAGUCAUUGGCGAGACUUCCAACAAGGCCGGCGAACCCAAGAAGUUUGUUCAGACUUUUGUUCUGGCACAACAGCCCUCAGGUUACUUCGUCCUGAACGAUAUUCUGCGGUACAUCGAUGAGGAGACCGACGAUGAGUCUGCUGAGGCUGCUGAGGAGACUGUCGAGGAGUCCGAGGUCGCCGCCGAGCCCGCUGCUCCCGUCGAGGCCGAGGCCGAACCUGUUGAGGAGGAGGAGGAGGAGGAGGAGGUCCCUGCCGCCGAGCUCGACCCCGCUGUUGUCGAUGAGAAGCUCGAGGAGGUGUCUACUUCCGCCAAGGACACCACUGUGAACGGCGACUCCUCCGAUUCCUCAGCCGACGAGGCCAAGGUUUCCGAGACAAGCGCCGCGGCUCCCACUCUUUCCCCUGAUACCACCGCCAAGGAGCUUGCCGAGGAGGAUGCCAAGGAGGCUGAGAAGCCCAAGGACCCCAGCCCUACUCCUGUGGCCAAGCCCGUCGCCGCUCCUGCUGCUGCUGAGCCUACCGGCCCCCCUAAGCCCAUGACCUGGGCCAGCCGGAUUGCCGCUGCCGCCGGUCCCAAGCCCGUGGUUCCUCUCGCCAAGGCUCCUACUCCUCCCGUUCCCACCCAGACCCGAGCUCCCGCCGCCGCUGCUUCCACAACACAACCCGCUGCUGCUACUGCCGCCGCCCCCGCCGCCCCCGCCGCCGCCCCCGCUGCUACUGAGGCUCCCGCUAAGGAGGCAACCGGCUGGCAAACUGCUGGUUCUGACUCGAAGCGACAGAACCGACCCCAGUCUAUCUCCGGUACCCCUACCGAGAAGGAGGGCACUCUGGGAUACGUUAAGUAUGUGACCGAGAAGGUCCAGGAGGCGGAUCUCCGAGCUGCUCUUGCUGCUCACGGCGAGUUGACUUACUUCGACAUCAACCGCCAGAAGAACUGCGCCUUUGUCGAGUACAAGACCCCUGAGGGUUAUCAGACCGCUGUCGCCGCCAACCCUCACACCGUGAACGGCGAGAACAUCGUUGUCGAGCCUCGCCGACCCAAGGCCAACGCCUACGGAGGCAGCAGCUACGGAUCCACCCGAGGAGGUGCUCCCGGCCGUGGUCGCGGUGGUUUUGAGGGAGGUCGAUCCGGCAGCCAGGGCCCCCGCGGUAACUUCUCUGGCCAGAACCGAGGCCGUGGUGGCGCUCCUCGAGGUCGCGGUGGUGCCCAGGCCGCUGCUGCGGCUACCACCACCGCCACCAGCAAUGCCUAA